GUCGACAAGUCCGCCGCGCGUGUUCCUGUCGUCGUCCGUCGACGUUUAGUCCGACCGAAACGCACGUAGCCCGUGUCUGCUGUUACCGCGCGCGUUGUUCAACCACAACCGCAUCACAUCUAUACUCAUACCCACACGCUCAGACAGUGGUCUGACCGAGAAACAAGCCGACGACAACGGGCCCAGUGAUACCGAGUGCGCGCUAACAAGUGUCAUCACGUAUUAUAAUUAUAAUUAUUAUCAUUAUCGAUAUCGGCUGUCGGUAAACAAGAGUGUCCGGUCGCUUAUUAUUUAUCUAUAUAUAGUUAUAUGUACAAAUAUUUAUUAUAAUAUUAUUGUUAAUUUUUAUUUUCGCUUCCUCUCCCGAUCGAUUCGGUUUAUUGGCAAUCUCGUUUUAUUCGGAACACGAAAGCCGCGCCGAUAAUAAUAUUAUUCAGUGAUGGUGCGUUAUCGGCGAGCCGCGGCCAAAGGUAGCGUUCCGGCGGCGCCGGCUACCGUACGCCGGCCGCCGCGAUAAGCGGUGGCGGCGGUGUGCGCCCCGACGAAUAUUAUGCGCCGAUAGUCCCGACGGCGGAUAUCUGUGCAGAUUUGCUGUGUUCUUUUUCGAUAUUAUAUUUACUUAACUCGGCGAGUGCAAUCAUCUACCCCCGACCACACGGUAACCGCCGCUCAAGCCGCCGAGGCGAUGCCGCACGCCAGCGAAGACGGAGUCGCGGCCGCCGGCGAGGACGCGUGCAGCUCGGACGAGCUGAUCGUGUUCAAGGACGAGGACGGCGGCGAAGACGUAGUCAAACGAUCCUCGGACAAAGUGACCGAGGAGAAGUCCGACCUGAUCGACUUAUCAGAGACUGAGAAAGUCAGUUCGAAUCAUCGGUGUUCGCCUGUGAAAACCAACAGUUCUACACCUGAUCUCAACCGAAGUAAACCAGGUCCAACUCCCCACCCGCCUGCUUUCAAUAUGGGUUAUCUCGUCGCACCAUACCCAUCGCCCUACACGAAUGGCACUACGUCUGUGUCAAUGAUGAGUUCCUAUCUCGAAUCUCAAAGGGAUCCUUUAACCGCAAGCAAAAUCGGUUUAGGACCAGCCCACCCAUUCUUCUGCCACAACGGCGAGCAGCUGGGUACCCAGCCUCCUCCCGCCCACAUGGGCAUUCCUCCUUACCAGCUUGACAAAGCACCCGGACUUCCAAGGCCCUCCAUGUACCCUUUCCCAACAGGCCAAUACCCAUAUCCGUUGUUAAGUCCGGAUAUGUCACAAGUUGCAGCCUCGUGGCACACACCAGCUAGUAUGUACCAUCAGAUCUCAUCGGCUGGAACUGGUUUUCGAGGAUCCUACCCACCUUCUUUGGCGACAAGCCUUACUAGCGACCUGUAUAGGUUUUCACCAACGGGCCUGAUGAGUGGUCCUUCGCCCCACCACCAUUUAUCACAUCAUACCCAUCACUCUCAUCCGGCAAUCGUUACGCCGGGAGUGAGGCAAGACCUGCAUGCGGAUUCCAACCACAGGUACAACUCAAUGCCACAAAACGACCAUAGUAAAAACUCUACGUGUUCCGAUGGCUCCAAGCAUCAAGAUGCUGUUCAGAACAGCAAUAACCAAGAUAAAAAGAAGCCUCACAUUAAAAAACCCCUGAACGCGUUCAUGUUGUACAUGAAAGAGAUGAGGGCUAAAGUAGUGGCCGAGUGCACGCUUAAGGAAAGUGCGGCCAUCAACCAGAUAUUGGGACGACGGUGGCACUCUCUGUCGCGAGACGAGCAGGCCAAGUACUACGAGAAAGCGCGCCAGGAACGACAACUCCAUAUGGAACUGUAUCCUGGUUGGAGCGCUCGGGAUAACUAUGGAUACGGAGCCAAGAAGAAGAAACGGAAGAAAGAGCGCGUACCGGUCAUAGAUGCUGGCUCAGGAGGUAAUAACAGCAUGAAAAAAUGUAGAGCCAGAUAUGGACUCGAUCAACAGAGCCAAUGGUGUAAGCCUUGCAGGCGUAAAAAACGUUGCAUUCGGUACAUUGAGAGUGGUGGUGACUCUGGUAAUCAGUCAGACGAUAACCAAUCUAAUGGCAGCCUGGGACACUCAGACAAUGAGGACGCUGACUCUGUGUCCAGUCCUGGAGGGUUGAGCGCCUUGUCCAGCCUAACCAGCCCUGGCAUGUUAACACAGGCCAGCCUAUCUCCGGCUACUCCUCUUACCCCGCACGUGUCUGACUACGAUUGUCCAAUGGCCGUACGCAUGCCAUUAGCCGUAGUUGUGCCCACCAGACACCAUCAACCAGUUGGCACAAACCCGCACGACAUCAAUAACCCGUUGAGCGUGAACCAGUUGACUGGUGGUAUGAACAAGUGCCAUCCCAAGGAACAAAGUGAUCUGAAAACCGGUGUCACCCAACAACAACAACAGUCUGAUCACCCCAAUAGGGCCCUGCCUGCCAUUAGUGUAACGUAGCGUACAUAACGCGAAGCAAUAGUUGACCCGCUCAAUUACUAUAAUUUAUUAUUAUAAUAUUAUAUUAUAUAAAUAAUACAAAUCAACAUUAGUAACAAGUAUGUAGUGUAUGUCAAGUAUAAUGAAACAGAUACGCCAUUUGACUUCUCUAACCAUAAAAAGUAAAUAUUGUAAUAAUAUAAUUGCCAUUUUUUUAUCUUUAGGAGUCUCUGUCAUACUUUAAAAGACUAAAAUAAUUGUUUUCAAUUAGUUCUUAAUUAUUUUUGUGUGAAUUUCAUAAAAAAUGUAUGUCGUUUUUCACUAAAAACAAAUUAUUGCUUUGUUACUACAAUUUUUUUUUCUUACAAACAAAAAAGAGACUACUGAAUAAUUAUUUACACAAUUAGUAGUUUUGUAUUAUUUCGCAAAAUUGAAACAUAUUAGUUAAUUUGCAUUAUGUUUAUUAAGGCUGUGUAUUAAUAUAGGUAAAAUACACCUAGCAUACAGCCCUAAUAUUGUAUUUUCUACCUCUAUUGUACUAGUUCAAAAAAAAUUUCAUUUAUAAAAAUACAAAGCAUAAUCUAUAAUGCCUAUAUAAAAUAAAAACCAUCAGGUAAUUAGUGAGUAAUAAUUAUUCAGAUUCAAAUAUGUACUUAUAGAAACGUCUUAAGUUAUUUAUAUACAUACAGCUGUAUGUAUAAUAAUGAACACAUUAUUAUAUACCUUUUUUUUUUUUGUGGCAAAAAGCUAGUCAUUUUUGCCAGAUUUUUUUACUAUAUUUUUUUUUAACGUACAGAACUCACUUAUAAACAUUAUUGUUUCAAUUUGAAAUGAGACUGAAAUCAGUUAAGAUAAUUUUAUUUCAGUUAUUAAAUUUAAAUUGUAUGUUUUUAUAUGUGUGUAUAUGUAAAUAUAUAUAUACACCUAUAAAUAUAUAAAUUAUAAUUUUAUUUUAUGUGCCAAAUUAUCAUGAUUUUAUG